AUUCGGAACCGGGGCAAACGUUCGGAGAUCGAACGCCCGCCGCCGCCGCUAUCGGGCAGCGUCGCCAGACGAGGAGCAGGCGGCGUCCUCCUCCCUCCCCUCCCCUCCCUCCUCCUCUCUCUCUCCUCUCCCUCCCUCCCGGCUGGGCUGUUUCCCGGGCUUGCGUGGAUCGCCGCUCACUGAAAUGAAUGGCUGAGAGGGGCGGGGGCUAAAAGGAGGCGGUGGAAGAGGAGGAGGCGGCGGCGGCGGCGGCGAAGAAGGAAGGAAGGAAGGAGGAGGAUCUUUUCGUUCGCUUCCAUCCCCGGGGCCAUACAGGCGGCGAAAUCGUAGGGCAGCCCCGCUCGUCAUGCUUUGCAGCCGGUGCUGAACGCACCGAAAGAAAGAAAGAAAGAAAGAAAGAGAGACAGAGAGGAGAGAAAGGGAGACACACACAGAGAGAAAUGCAGGGAUUCGUAAGGUUACGGUGCUGGGGCCGAAAGAUGUAAGCCCGGCUUUGGUUGCUCUGAUCUCAGCGAGCCCAGGCAAGCCCUGCAUUGAACAGAUCCUCGCUGCCGGCGACUUCUUGGGGAAAAAAAGCCGGGCGCCCCGGGCUUCUAAGCGGACGGACGGACCGACUGACUAACCGGCCGGCUUGUCUUUGGCUUGUCUUCCUUCCUUUCUCUCUUCUUGUUGUGGUUGUGGUUGUUGUGUUUGCGACCUUCCCGGGGAUGUUUCGCCCGACUUGAAGUUGUGGCUUUGCUCUCCGAGCCACCCCUUGUGUGCUGCGCGCGUGUUUGUGUGUGGAGUGUGUAACGCGUGUGCAGGCUGAGAAAGAGAGAGAAGAGGGCGGGACGGCUUUCUCGGUCUGGCACCCACAGAUUGGAGAGCCGGAGCCCGGGACUCGACGGCUUCUCUCUCCCCCUUUUUUUUUUCCUAUUUAGAUUUCAGACUCGCCGCUGUCUUUGUCCUUUUUCUCUUCCCUCCUCUUUGCCUUGCGAGCCAAUUCCCAGCCUCUUUUCUUUUCUCUUUUUUUGGGGAAAGCCACACUGGGCGGGCUUGCUUCUUUUUGCCCCGGCUUGCCUUCUUCUUUUUCCUCCCUUCUCUCUCCCGGCCUUUCAGCCCCCUCCUCGCCCCUCUCUUUCCUCCCGGCCUCGCUCCCUCUUUCCUCCCUUCGCUCCCUCGGUCCUUCUCUCCCUUUCUCGCUAUCCUCAUCUUCCCUAGCCGCCGUCGCUGCCGCCACCCUCCUUCCUCCCAGGGCGAGCCCGAAGAUGAAAGACCCGAGGGGAGAAAGUUAACGAAGUCGCCCACAUGCGCUGCAUCAGCCGGAGCCUUUGGGAAAGGAAAUCGGAGGUGGUGGGAGACGAGAGUUUAAAGUCUUGGCAGGCGGGAAAAUGGCGGACUCAAGCUGAAAGUGUCACUUGGCGAAGUUGGGCGAGCUUUGUGUUCAUCGGCGAUCCCCUCGACCCAGAUAGGACACAUGCAGGCCAAAAAACGCUACUUCACCCUCCUCUCGGCCGGCACCUUCGUCGUCCUUCUCUUCUACUUGGGAGGCUUGCAGUUCAGAGCAUCCAGGAGCCAAAGCAGGCGAGAGGCGCGCAGUAGCGGCGGCAGGAAUGGCUUGCAGCGCCCCGAACGCUACUGGCCCCGCUUCCCGGACGCCCUGCGCCCUUUCCUGCCUUGGGACCAGCUGGAGAGUGAGGAUUACAACCGGCACGCUUCCCCUCGCCAGAAGCGCGACGCCAACGCCGGCCUCUACAAGGGCAAGAAGUGCCGCAUGGAGUCCUGCUUCGACUUCGCCCUGUGCAGGAAAAACGGCUUCAAGGUCUACGUCUACCCGCCGCAGAAAGGGGAGAAGAUCGCCGAGAGUUACCAAAACAUCCUGGCCGCGGUCGAGGGCUCCCGCUUUUAUACUUCGGACCCCAGCCAAGCCUGCCUCUUCGUCCUCGGCUUGGACACCUUAGACCGAGACCAGCUCUCCCCCCAGUACGUGCACAACCUGCGCUCCAAAGUGCAAAGCCUCCACUUGUGGAACAACGGGAGGAAUCAUUUAGUUUUUAACUUAUAUUCCGGCACCUGGCCUGACUACACCGAGGACGUGGGCUUCGACAUUGGCCAGGCCAUGUUGGCCAAAGCCAGCAUCAGUACGGAAAACUUCCGGCCCAAGUUUGACGUCUCCAUCCCUCUUUUUUCUAAGGAUCACCCAAGGACAGGAGGGGAGAGGGGCUUCUUGAGGUUUAACACCAUCCCACCUCUGAGGAAGUAUAUGUUGGUGUUCAAAGGGAAAAGGUACCUAACUGGGAUAGGAUCAGACACCAGGAAUGCCUUAUAUCAUGUCCAUAAUGGGGAAGACGUUGUCCUGUUGACUACCUGCAAGCAUGGCAAAGAUUGGCAGAAGCACAAGGAUUCUCGGUGUGAUAGGGACAAUGCCGAGUAUGAAAAAUAUGAUUAUCGUGAAAUGCUGCACAAUGCCACUUUCUGUCUGGUCCCCCGUGGCCGGAGGCUUGGAUCCUUCAGGUUCUUGGAGGCCCUGCAGGCUGCCUGUAUUCCUGUGAUGCUCAGCAAUGGAUGGGAACUUCCAUUCUCCGAAGUGAUUAAUUGGAAUCAAGCUGCCGUCAUAGGAGAUGAGAGAUUGUUAUUACAGAUCCCUUCUACAAUCAGGUCUAUCCAUCAGGAUAAAAUCCUAGCACUUAGACAGCAGACACAGUUCUUGUGGGAGGCUUAUUUUUCUUCAGUUGAGAAGAUUGUAUUGACCACACUAGAGAUUAUUCAAGACAGAAUAUUUAAGCACAUAUCCCGUAACAGUUUAAUAUGGAACAAACAUCCCGGGGGGUUGUUCGUACUGCCACAGUAUUCAUCAUAUCUGGGAGAUUUCCCUUACUAUUAUGCUAACCUAGGAGUCAAGGCCCCAUCCAAAUUCACCGCCGUCAUCCAUGCAGUUACUCCUCUGGUGUCCCAAUCUCAACCCGUGCUAAAACUCCUGGUUGCAGUCGCCAAAUCCCAGCACUGUGCUCAGAUCAUUGUAUUAUGGAAUUGUGAUAAGCCCCUCCCUGCCAAGCAUCGCUGGCCUGCCACUGCUGUGCCUGUCAUUGUUAUCGAAGGAGAAAGCAAGGUGAUGAGCAGUCGCUUCCUGCCCUAUGAGAAUAUUGUCACAGAUGCUGUUCUAAGCCUCGACGAAGAUACGGUGCUUUCAACCACUGAGGUGGAUUUUGCCUUCACUGUCUGGCAAAGUUUCCCUGAGAGGAUUGUGGGUUAUCCUGCCCGCAGCCAUUUUUGGGAUAACACAAAGGAGAGGUGGGGCUACACAUCGAAAUGGACUAAUGACUAUUCCAUGGUAUUGAGUGGAGCUGCUAUUUACCACAAAUAUUAUCACUACCUGUACACUCAUUACCUGCCUGCUAGUCUGAAGAACGUGGUGGACCAACUAGCCAAUUGUGAAGACAUUUUAAUGAACUUUUUGGUGUCCGCUGUGACAAAAUUGCCUCCCAUCAAAGUAACACAGAAGAAACAGUACAAGGAAACCAUGAUGGGACAGACUUCCAGAGCUUCUCGGUGGGCUGAUCCAGAUCAUUUUGCUCAGAGGCAAAGCUGCAUGAACACUUUUGCCAGCUGGUUUGGCUAUAUGCCGCUGAUCCAUUCUCAGAUGAGGCUCGAUCCUGUGCUCUUUAAAGAUCAGGUCUCCAUCCUGAGGAAGAAAUAUCGAGACAUUGAACGACUUUGAGGAACCCAGCUGAGGGGGGUGGAUGGGAGCGAGAACUGGUUGGUUCCCCUCAGCCCAGCGCAGAGCCACACAGAUCCUCGAGUUCAGACGGCGCCAAGAGCAACUCAACCCCCCCAAAAUUGCGACAUGCCAAUGUAGUAGCCAAGUAGCUCUGGACCCAAAGGGAAACUGGGAUUGCGCUGGACUGCUUUUGAAACACCCCUCAACAGGCUGCAGGUCCCUCAAGACUAGGUUGUGUACAGUUUCAUUAUGGAACAUUAAAUAAUUAUUUUUUGAAAUGAUUGCUAUGCAGGUUUAAACUUUUUUAAUGAUAAAAAAAAUCCCUAUUAAAACAGAGUUCUUUCUUUAAUCAA